AAAGAUGCCUGUCUUGCAUAUCAAGCAUAAGUACCAACCUGAAGAUUUAUGUUUUGCAUUAUGAGAAGCUAUAGAAUAAAAUGCCAAUGGAAGCUCCACAAGUGGUGAGUGUGGAGGAAUGUCCACCCUGGAAAACUUUACACAAUAUGGCUUUUUCAACUCAAGAGUCGUCAGUAGAAAGUGCUGCUACUUCAGCUAAUGGCUCACCUGAUCACAGAGAGGACAGUCCUAUUACUGAAGACCAAAGCUUGAUGGUAAAACCAGAUGAGGAUUUACCAAACCUUAACAAGGGUUGUAUUUGUGACAGUGUGGAACCUAUGGUGACUGUGUUCUUUCGAGAAUCUAAAGGAGCCCUUGGAGACAAAGCUCUUAGCUCAACUCAGCUUGUAGACAAUGUGUCUGUAUCCACUGCUUCCAUUAAAAAGUCUUGUUCUAGAUGUCCACCUCCUGCUUUUGCAGCAGACAUCCAGACAAACCAGACUGCUCAGAAGCCACCUGCCCUUACUCUAAACUGUAACUCUGAAUGUACAAAAAAAGAUUUCAAGAAGUUGGAACCUGUUUCAAAUGGACCCAUAUUCAGUCUAGACUCCAAUUCUGCCCCUGUGGUCCCUGCUGAAUUUGUUCAGGGAGAUCUGGAUCAUGUCGUGAGGCAAAAACAGAGCACCAUUACCUUCUCAGAGAACACCUGCUCCUCCAGCGCCAGCAGCCAUGUUUUUAGCUACGAAAGUUCUGAUGACGGAGAAUCGUCCCAGGAUGGGGAGAAAGAAGACGACGAUGACGAUGUGUUCGUAGAGCUGCCGUACAGUGAAGAUUUUUUCAUAAGCCCCAGUCGAAAAAGCACAGACAUGAACAAACAGAGGAGGAUCUAUUGUGUGGGUGCACAAGAAGUUGAUCGCACUUUAAGCAGCUCGGGUUAUGAGGCAGAGGCAGAAACAAGCAGCAAGGAGGAGUCUCCACAGGUCAAAUCUCCCUGGUCAGAGUCAAUGAGCCAACUAAUGAAGAAACUGGACCAGCUUAAUCAGGACAUAGAGGAAGCUCUGAGUGCAAACUCAUCACCGUCAGACACACCGUGCACCCCCCACAAGGAGCUGUGGGAUGGUGUUUCAAAGCCCACACUGAGCCAAACCCUGAAUGACAAAGCUCUUCAAGGACUAGAUGAAAGGGAUUGCCAGAGUCGAGAUAAAUCUUCUGCUUAUCGCAGCUCCUCAACGGGAAUAAAAACCAGAACCAAGAAGACAAUGUUCAACAAGAUGACCAACGCAGCAGGCGCAGAAAUUGAAGCAAAAGAGGCGUGUGACUGGCUGCGGGCAGCAGGAUUUCCCCAGUAUGCUCAGCUCUUUGAAGACUCCCAGUUUCCCAUUGACAUCACACCCGUGAAAAGAGAUCAUGACUUUUUGGACAAAGAUCUUGUGGAACCUCUGUGCAAGCGGCUGAACACUCUGAACAAAUGUGCUUCUAUGAAGCUUGACGUGAAUCUUCCAAAGAAAAAAAGUGAAGACUCUGAUGAAGACGACCUGUUUGCAAUCAGUGAUAAAUGGACAUUUGAGUGGAGCAGCCGGCGUUGGUCCAGGUUACAGGACAUCGACUCUCUGCUUCGGAAGCACAGAGAGGGCCAGACUUCCAAGAACAGCCUCCCCUUGAGAACCACCACCAGCAGUGAAAGUGUUCUGACGGACCUCAGUGAACCGGAGGUUUCUUCUUUGCACAGUGAAAGCAGUGCAGGAAGUGGUCAUAGGGGUCUCAGUACAGAGGACUCUGACUGCUCUAACCGCAUUUUCUCAGAUUCUGCUGCAAUGCCAGACUGUACUUCUCUCACAAUGCCUCACAUAUCCAAAGAAUUUUCUCACUAUGGCUCCUUACCUGAUAAACAUAUAAAGACAAGCCGGAUUCGUGCCAAAGACUUCCUUAAGCGCAUGGAGUUGCUGAGAUCUCGAGGAACCCUGGGAGGGGGCCGCAAGACAUUGAUCAUCAGUGCUCCCGUAAUGCAGCAGGAGGCCCAGGCACUGAAGAGACUGCAAUGCGUUGAGAUCAUAAAUGGAGACGAUGGGGCUCCAGAACCACCUUUCAGCAAAGUUCUACAUCCCCAGUCUAGUAGUGAAGGUAGCAGCCAUUCUAGUGACAGCACAGUCAGCACACCCAGUCUGAAAGAACGCAAGACUCAUCGAGCUGACCACAAGCGCAGUGGCAUGUAUUUGGAGGACAUAGAUAUUUUCUCAGGCGUCCAAGUUGCAGAACAAAACCGCAGAAAUGAAUUUUGCUCCUAUGAAGAGUUGGUGGUCCACAUUCCCAAAGACCAUAAACCAGGAACUUUUCCCAAAGCACUGUCCAUUGAAAGCCUGUCUCCAGCCAAUGGAGCCUCCAUUAACUGGCACACUGGCAGCGUGCACUUGGACUCCCCACUAAUUUCAUGCAGACAGGAAUCCAGAGCUGUCACCCAGUGCUGCUCCAGAGGUAGUCGUAUCAGUGUGUACGAUAAUGUUCCUGGAUCACAUCUCUAUGCUAGUACUGGAGACUUAAUUGACUUAGAGAAAGAGGACCUAUUUCCUCACCUGGAUGACAUACUGCUGCAUGUCAACGGUCUUCAGCAGAUUGUAGACCACUGGUCAAAAAACAUUUUACCUGGAAGAGAGGGGGUAGUCGGCAACAAAGAGGAGACUGUAGGCUUUCAGUCCUCCAGUCAGAUCACAUUGGACUUUGAGGGAAGUUCAGGCACAGAAAGCCAAACUACACCUGUUGAUGGAGACAGAGACAAAGUGUCACUAGCUGAGACAGAAUCAACAAAGUUCAGGGAAAGGAGGGACUCUGGCGUUGGUGCUUCUCUCACAAGACCCAAUAGAUUACGAUGGCCCAGCUUUCAGAUAUCCAAUCGCUUAAGUCACUCAGUGGCAUCUCUGCAGAUUACAAACCAAACAGCAGGCCAGCUGAGUUUGCUACAGAAGUUUUCUCUGCUGCGUCUUACUGCAAUUAUGGAAAAGUACUCCAUGUCAAACAAGCAUGGCUGGACUUGGUCUGUGCCAAAAUUCAUGAAGAGAAUGAAGGUACCAGAUUACAAGGACAAGAAUGUGUUUGGAGUGCCGCUCAUAGUGCACGUGCAUCGUUCUGGACAGCCUUUGCCCCUCGGCCUGCAGCAGGCCUUGCGGUACCUGAGGAGCCAGUGUCUUGACCAGGUGGGCUUGUUUCGUAAAUCAGGGGUGAAGUCCCGAAUUCAGGCUCUGAGGCAGAUGAAUGAAAAUUCUCCAAACAAUGUGAACUAUGAGGAUCAGUCUGCCUAUGACGUGGCAGACAUGGUGAAGCAGUUCUUCAGGGAUUUACCUGAGCCCCUGCUCACCGGCAAGUUGGGGGAGACUUUCCUCCAAAUAUACCAGUAUGUGCCAAAGGACCAAAGGUUACAAGCUGUUCAGGCAGCCAUCAUGCUGAUGCCAGAUGAAAGCCGGGAGGUGCUGCAGACACUCCUCUGUUUUCUCAGUGAUGUCACUUCCUCUGUGGAGGAAAAUCAGAUGACACCCAUGAACAUUGCUGUGUGCCUGGCCCCCUCCCUCUUCCAUCUCAACAUAAUGAAGAAGGACAAUCUCUCACCAAAAGCCAUGCAUAAGAAGUAUACCACAGGCAGACCAGACCAGAAAGAUCUGAAUGAAAAUUUGGCAGCAACGCAGGGCCUUGCUCAUAUGAUCAUAGAGUGCAACCGUCUCUUUGAGAUCCCUCAUGAAAUGGUUACUCAGUCGCGCAACUCCUAUGUGGAAGCUGACCUGCAAGCGCCAACAAUUGAUGAGUUGUGCAAGCAGCUGGAGGAUGACAAUGGAUCAUACCAAACCCAUAUGGAGGGGAGACUUCAGAGUUUGCUGAAAGAGGCACGAGAAAAGUCUAAAUACUGGGUAUCAUGCAGCAGCUCGGAUAACACAGAGCUCUUCUAUAAAAAGGUGGGAGAUGGAAACCCUUUGAGACGUUGGCGAGUGUCUGUGGAGGUGGAAGCACCACCCUCUGUUGUGUUGAACCGGGUGCUGAGAGAGCGCCACCUGUGGGACAUGGACCUGCUUCAGUGGAAAGUGUGCGAGACUCUGGACAAACAGACCGAGGUGUUUCAGUAUGUCCUCAGUCGCAUGCCUCCUCAUCCCAGCAGGGACUUUGUAGUUCUCAGGUCUUGGAGAACAGACUUGCCCAAAGGUGCUUGCUCACUGGUUUCAGUAUCCAUAGAGCACGAGGAGUGUUCUCUUAUAGGAGGUGUACGAGCUAUAGUCCUGGAGUCCAACUACCUUCUUGAACCUUGUGGCUCUGGAAAGUCCAGACUAACUCACAUCUGCAGAGUGGACUUAAAGGGAAGGACGUCAGAUUGGUACAACAAAGCCUUUGGUCAUCUUUGCGCUGCAGAAGCUGCUCGGAUCCGUAACUCCUUUCAGCCACUAAUCACAGAUGGACCAGAAACCAAAAUCUGAAAUGUUUUGUUCUGUCUGUUAAGCUCUGACAUCAAGAUUGAGCCUUUGGGUCACUGCUAACAGGCAGACACAUAAACACAGACAAUGCCCCAGAACUAAAGCACAGUUUUUGUUUUGUUUUGUUUGUUUUUUUAUGUACAAAUGCUCUGAAAAUAAUUUCAAGCCUCUGUACUUGCACAAUGACAAAG